UAUGCGUCCCGGCGAGAAAGACGGUUGUACGUGGAACCAAUUCAAGGAGCUGAUCCGAGAGAAGUGUUAUCCCUCGUAUUACCGAGCAGACAUGGAGCGCCAGUUCUUGGCACUCACCCAGGGUACUCGUUCUGUUGACGAGUACGAGAGAGAGUUUACCCGUCUCGGAGCUUUUGUACCUGAUCUUGUGGGUACGGAGGCGCAGAGAGCCCAUCGAUUUACUGACGGACUUCGCCCAGCAGUCCGCCCCAACAUCGUAGGUCACGGCGUCCAGACCUACGCCCGCACAGUUGCCAUUGCACAAGAAGUCGAUGCCAGUAUCCGACGAGAAGCCGCCCAGACGUCAUUCCAGCCAGUUGCUCAGCCACCAGCCCAGCCCAAAGUUGCCCAACCAUCAACAAACAAGAAUAAAAGGAAGUUCAAAGGGGGUCCAGACGAUCGCAGAAACCGCCAAAGACAGAAAUCAAUACCAGAAUGCCCAACAUGCGGGAAAUACCAUCGUGGAGAAUGCCUCGUAGGCCAGAAUGUUUGUUUCUUUUGCCGCCAGCCAGGCCACAUCAGCCCCAACUGUCCUGAACGACUGCAACAACAACCUCAACAACGUCAACCACUACAGCAACUUAAACAACAACAGCCCAGGCAGCAGCCACCACGACCCCAGCAACAGCCACGCGGCAAACAGCAAGCCCACGUCUUUGCAGUUGACCAGAGGGAGGCCGACCAGCACCCAGGUACCAUGUCCGGGAUGAUUAUUCUUAAUGAUGUGCCUGUCUAUGCCUUAUUUGAUACCGGAGCGACCCAUUCUUUUAUAUCACGUCGAUGUCUUGAAGCUAUUGGGGUUCGUUCCACUACCGCUGUCGAUCCUCUCGAGGUGAGUUUAGCCUCGGGACGAAAGAUAGUGACUGACGCUAGAUCCACCGAUCACAGCCUUUCCAUCGGCGGCCGUAUUCUGAUUACUGAUGCUUAUGUUAUCGAGAUGAGGGAUUUUGAACUCAUACUAGGUAUGGAUUGGCUAACACGUUUUCACGCAGAUAUCCGAUGUCACGACCGGGAGAUUACUCUUUAUCUUCCGGGAGAUGAUCAGAUCACUUAUUACGGCUCCAGGACUCGUACUCUACCCCAUGUUAUUUCUAUGGCGAAAGCCAGAAAGAUCCUUCGACGGG